AUGUCUGCUGUUGCUGCUAAGUCUGCUACCAAGCCCGGUUUGGAAGAACAAGUUGAAGCCAAGAUCCACCGUAUCCGUAUCACCUUGACUUCUCGUAACGUCAAGAACUUGGAAAAGGUUUCUUCUGACCUCAUCCAACGUGCUAAGGACAAGCAACUCAAGGUCAAGGGUCCCGUUCGUCUCCCCACCAAGGUCCUCAAGAUCACCACCCGUAAGUCUCCUUGUGGUAACGGUUCUGAAACCUUCGACCGUUUCGAAAUGAGAAUUCACAAGCGUUUGAUCGAUUUGCACUCUCCUUCUGAAAUCGUCAAGCAAAUCACCUCCAUCUCCAUUGAACCCGGAGUUGAAGUUGAAGUUACCAUUGCUUAA